GCCAAACCUUACUUUUAGCCUGUAUGUAGGUUUACAUGGUGUGUUUUUAAGCCCGUGCGUGGAGUAGCUGUGUGUGCUGAGUCGCGGAGGUAUCUGAACUGAAAGGCAGCUGGCACUUUCAACAUCAGUACGAUGGCAAGUCCAGAUGUGAUUGAGCCGGCGGUUCAAAGCUCGACGGCCCAAAAACUGUCCCAAAGGCGCUUUACUCAUGACAUUGAGGGUUUGUCUCCAGAUGAGUUAGAUGGCCUCAUGUCCAGCAGUGACGGUCGUCCUUUCCUUGUGGUGCAUCAUCUUCCUGAAAUAAAAGACGAGGGUGUCCCUUACUUAAUGCCUGGUAUACCCAUUACAUGCAGAGUGGACAACACAGAGAAGUACACUACUCGAUCAAAGGUAAAUGUAGGCACCCUGUACACGGUGCAGCUAACACAUGGCCACUUCCACUGGGCAGUGAAGAGGAAGUACAAGCACUUCCAGGAGCUGCAUCGAGACCUUUACAAGCACAAGAUGAUGCUUCACUUGCUGCCUCUGGGAAGAUUUGCAAAGGACAGGCAGCAGCUGAGAGCCAUGUCAGAGGAAAUGCCCAGCCUCCACGGGACUGAACGGACCAGGAGGACCUCCAGCAAAAUGAAAUACCUUGAGGAGUACCUGAAUGGUCUGCUGGAGAAUGCAUUUUGUAGGAACGAUCACAGCAUGAUGGAAUUCCUCUCUGUCGGCGCUCUCUCCUUCGUCAAUGACCUCGGACCCAAGGGCUUGGAGGGACCCAUCUUCAAGAGGUCGGGGGGUCACCGGAUCCAAGGCCUGAACUGCAUCGGCCAUCAUCAGUUCUGUUUCCGCUGGUCCCGCCGCUGGCUGGUGGUGAAAGACUCCUUCCUGAUGUACAUGAACCGAGACAACGGCAGGAUCAACUUUGUGUUGCUGUUUGACCCGGAGUUCAAGGUGAAAGUGGGCCGUGCUUACACAGACACCAGAUAUGGAGUCUGCAUUGAGAACUUCACUCGGAGUCUUAUCAUCAGAUGCAGCAGCUACAGACAGACUCAUUGGUGGAGUCAUGAAAUCAACCGGCUGGCAGAAAGUUGCGACUUUCUCAAAGUGCAACGCUUCGAGGGGUUUGCUCCGCCACGGGAGAACACGCUCACUAAAUGGUAUGUGAAUGGAAGUGGCUACCUUGCAGACCUGGCUGAUGCUCUGGAACAAGCCAAGGAGGAAAUCUUCAUCACAGAUUGGUGGCUCAGCCCUGAAGUGUACCUUAAGAGACCAGCCACUAAUAACUACUGGCGCCUGGAUGAGAUACUCAAACGCAAAGCAGAACAAGGAGUCAAAGUGUGUGUUCUGCUGUACAAAGAGAUGGAGAUGGCCCUUGGCAUCAAUAGUGAGCACAGCAAGAGGACUCUUAUGAACAUGCACCCAAACAUCAAGGUAAUGCGACAUCCUGAUGUGUCCUCUGUGGUGUUCAUGUGGGCUCACCACGAAAAGACCGUGUCCAUUGACCAAACGGUAGCCUUCGUGGGGGGGAUCGACCUGGCGUUUGGGAGGUGGGAUGACAGCCAGUACCGGCUGACUGACCUGGGUGUGACAGAGACGGCCAACACUGUGACCGAGGAGCCCGAGGGCGAUACAGUAGAUAAUGGUGCGUCUGAUGGUCCAAAACAAUCGGAACCAGAUAAGCAAGCAGACCUAGACCCUGGCGACCUGACUGGAAACAAUAAACUGUGGCUUGGCAAAGACUACAGCAACUUUAUCAGGAAAGACUGGGUCCAACUGGACAGACCAUUUGAAGAUAACAUCGACCGUACUCAGGUUCCCCGCAUGCCGUGGCGUGAUCUGUCUUCAGCUGUUCAUGGCAGCGCUGCAAGAGAUGUAGCCCGCCACUUCAUCCAGCGCUGGAACUUCACCAAGAUCUUCAAAAACAAGUACAAGGACCAGUUCUAUCCUUACCUUCUUCCCAAGUCUCACUGCACUGCUGACUCGCUCUCGUUCACGGUGCCCGGAUCCAGCAAGGCCAAAGUGCAGGUGUUGCGCUCUGCCGACCGCUGGUCUACUGGAAUCAGUGAGAGCUCGAUCCUCAACGCCUACAUCCACACCAUCGAGAACAGCGAGCACUACAUCUACAUCGAGAACCAGUUCUUCAUCAGCUGUGCCGAUGAUGGGAAGACCAUCUAUAAUGGGAUCGGUGAUGCAAUUGUGAAACGUAUCCUGCGUGCACACAGAGAGCAGAAGAAGUACAGGGUGUUUGUGGUGGUUCCUUUGCUUCCUGGAUUUGAGGGAGACAUCAAUUCAGGAGGUGGAAAUGCCAUCCAAGCUAUUCUGCACUUCACUUACAGGACCAUGUGCCGAGGGGAGCACUCCAUUCUCUCAAGACUUAGUGAAGUUAAGGAGCUGUGGGCGGAGUACAUCACACUCUGCGGCCUGAGAAAACAUUCCCAGCUCUCCCAGUCGCUUGUCACGGAGCUCAUCUAUGUUCACAGCAAGACCCUGAUUGCUGAUGACCGCUGCUAUAUCAUUGGAUCGGCCAACAUCAAUGACCGCAGCAUGCUGGGCAACAGAGACAGUGAGGUGGCAGUGUUUGUGGAAGAUGAAGAUCGGGUCCUUUCCGUCAUGGGAGGGCAGGAGUACCAGGCAGGACCCCUCACCCUCGCUCUGCGUAAAGAGUGCUUCAGUGUUCUUGUUGGAGCUUCUUCAGACCCCAGUAUAAACAUUGAUGAUCCGAUCAGCGAUGAAUUCUUCUUAUUGGGCUGGAAUGCACCUGCUAAACUGAAUGCCACCAUUUACGACAAGGUCUUUAAAUGCCUGCCCCACAACAGUGUCCACAACAUGCGACAGCUGAAGGAGUACGCCAGCGAAGAACGCCUCUGCGACACGGACCCUGAGCAGGCCAGAGAGGAGCUAAAGGCCGUCCGAGGGCUGCUGGUCCACUAUCCCCUGAAGUUCCUGUGUGAGGAGAACCUGCUGCCUCCACUGAACACUAAAGAAGGCAUGGCUCCUGUGGGGCUGUGGACAUAACCGCAGCUGAGCUCAGAUCAGACCCCUGCGUAACAGCCGAGGGGCUGCUGCACCACAUGCUCCUCCUUGUAGUUUCUAAUUUUCAGCACAGUACAUGUAAGUAGUUACAACACUGAUGAUUUAAUGGUGAGGAAAGACAUCAGUUUAUGUUUUUUUAUAUUGUCUCUUUGACUGACUCUGAACAUAACCACUGAAAUGUAGAUUGUUUUAGAACAGUAGCUUAACCUGAACUGGCUAGUUUGUUUGUGAUGAUGGUGUCUGCUGCAUAACUUGCACUACAGUGCGAUCUGAACGGCAGGGCUGGCCGUGAUGUUAGACACACGCAAAUUAAUGUAUGAGUCAGGAGAGGAUUGCAAGGUUGUAUUGGAAAUCAAGCAUCUCACAUGAUCUGGGAACAUAGUGUACAUUUAUUGGUGCAAGGUUUUUGGGUGGGUGGAUGUCUCUCUCUCUCUCUCUCUCUCUCUCUCUCUCUCUCUCUCUCUCUCUCUCUCUCUCUCUCUCACUCUCUGUCUCUCUCUCUCGCACUCCUUCUCUCCCUCUGAGGCUUCACCUCUCACUGCAGUGCCAGCAAAUCUGUCAGAACAUUUGUGGUUGUUAUGGUGACGGAUAUAAAGAGAUGACUGGAUUGUAGCUGAAAUAAAAACCGGAUAGGGCAGGAAAGGGAGAGUACUGAUAAGAGGGAUAGGUCAUUACAUCAGGAUGGUGUACCAGAAGAAAAUAAGGUAAUAUGUUGAAAGAGGACUGUUCAUUUCUGCAGAUGCAAAGUCUUUUUAAUAUUUUCGGAUGAAUGGUCAAGUGGGAAAACUGUUCGAGGGAAAGAAAAGGAGGACAAGAUAAUUAAAGGGUGCGAGGUUGAUUUUCUGCUAAUUGUUGCUUUUUUUAAAGUCACCAUGACAACCAAAGUGAAUUAUUAUUUCAUCAUGUUGUGAGCAGAACAGAACAAAACAUUCCACUAUCCACUUCAGCUAUUUCCGUGCCGGCUCCUCAAUUCCGUGUCAAGGUGCCAUAAAAAUCUCACAUAUCUACUCUUUUUUUUUUUGACGUACAUGCACCAGGCUUUUCUUAGUUACAUUCCAUUUAGCCAUAACACUGUAAUAAGUAGUGGCAUAAUGUGGCUUAUAAUCAUGCCGCAAUUCCAAUGGAGCAACAUCAAGUCUUUAAUCGCGAAGAAUUUUAGGUUUUGUUUCAUAUUUAAUCACAAUAGUUAUUCUCUCAAAACCUGCUAAUUCUAUGGUCUGAGCCAUGCCACACUAAAUGAACACCAUUCUUGCACUGGACAACCAUGUAGCAUCAAUAUUGCAUUGCCUGAUUUGGAAAUAUCAUACAAUAACUCAGGGGCUGCACGGUGGUGUAGUGGUUAGCACUGUCGCCUCACAGCAAGAGGGGCCCGGGUUCAAUUCCCGGGCUGGACAACCUUCUGUGUGGAGUUUGCAUGUUCUCCCUGUGUCAGCGUGGGUUCUCUCCGGGUUCUCCGGCUUCCUCCCACAGUCCAAAGACAUGCAGGUUAGGUUAAUUGAUGACUUUGAAAUUGCCCGUAGGUGUGAAUGUGAGCGUGAGUGGUUGUCUGUCUAUAUAUGUCUGCCCUGUGAUAGGCUGGCGACCUUCGCCCAUUGACAGCUGGGAUCGGCUCCAGCACCCCCGCGACCCUUAACUGGAUAAGCUGUUACGGAAGAUGGAUAUAAUAACUCAGCAGAACUUGUUGCCUUCAUCAUGUAGUAACAAUAACAAAAUGUGAUGCAUGUUUCAUCAGAUCGAAGAUAUGGGUGACAGAAAAGUAGUUUGACCAAUGUGAGAGGAAGUUGAGAAAGUUCUAUAACCUGAGAUUGAACACUUGGGGAAACAAUGUUUGCAUGUUUAAAGGUUUGUCACGAAUAUGAAUAACUCAUGAAUAACUUGACACCAUAUGAAGAUUUUAGAGAACAACCAUCAGCUAGGCAGACAAACGGCAGUACGUAAAGCCUUUGGAAUGGGACUUUAUGUUUUAAACUCUUUCUAUUGUUUUCUCAUUGAAACCCUGUCCCAUGUAUUUUAAAGAGAUAUGUAUGUUAAUGGAGACUUAGAAUAAUGGAUUGAUGUGCAGGACAAUACCAUAAUCCAGUUCAUAAUCCACAAAAAGUUUAAAAAAAGUUUCCAAACCUACAACAGAGCCAGUGAAAUACACAGUCGGUUUCCUGUAAUCAUAAACCAGCUUUUAUUGUCACAGAUUGUACAGCACAGCACACAGUGAAAUUUAGCUUUCUAUUAUCCCAUCCUAAUAUUAGGGGCAGUGGCGGCUACAA